AUUUUUAUUGGUGAGAUAUCCAUGUAUUUCAUAAAGUCAACCCGAGAAACCCUAAUCAUUCAAGAGAAAACCAUAUUGACUGGAGAGUGCUGUUACCUGAACCCACUGCUUCGAAGAAUAAUACGUUUUAUAGGAGUGUUCGCAUUUGGACUUUUUGCCACUGACAUAUUUGUAAAUGCUGGCCAGGUUGUGACUGGGAACUUGGCUCCCUACUUCCUGACCGUGUGUAAACCCAACUACACUGGGAAUGACUGUCGGGCCCACCACCAGUUCAUAAACAACGGCAACAUCUGCACUGGGGAUGUGGAGGUGAUUGAAAAGGCACGGAGAUCCUUCCCAUCUAAACAUGCUGCUUUGAGCAUCUACUCAGCGUUAUAUGCCACGAUGUACAUCACAAGCACAAUUAAAACAAAGAGUAGCAGGCUAGCCAAACCAGUGCUGUGUCUGGGUACGCUGUGUGCUGCAUUCCUCACCGGGUUAAAUCGAGUUUCUGAGUAUCGAAACCACUGUUCAGAUGUGAUUGCAGGCUUCAUCCUGGGGAGUGCUGUAGCUUUGUUUCUGGGGAUAUGUGUUGUCCAUAACUUUAAAGGCACUCAUGGAACUCCCACUAAACCGAAGCCUGAAGACCCACGAGGAAUGCCACUAAUGGCUUUUCCAAGGGUGGAAAGUCCUCUGGAGACAUUGAGUGCACAGAAUCACUCUGCCUCUAUGACUGAAGUCACAUGAGAUGGAAGACUGGCAGCCGAAGCCGUUUUUUAUUGCCCUCCAGUUCAAUACUCCCAGACACACAGUUACUAAAUGUCUAACUGUGAUGACCAGUAUUAUGUUAUGUCUAGUUAGAGGCUAAUGUUUUGUACUUUUUUUGUAUGAGGAAGUGAUGUAGCUUGCCCUGAUUUUUUGUCAGCUUUAAUAUGAUUAUGCCAGAAUUUAAAAGCAAAA